AUGCCUCCACGGAUAAAGAUAUCCAGUCAAUUGCUUCGAGGCAGCAGGCAAUUCUCGGUGCUAGGCCGACCAGCACCAAACUACCCGGGCCAUGUCCCUCUGACGACAGUUGAGCGGUGCUCGAUGGCCAUCGGCUCAGCUAUAGGCUCACUUCUCAACCCACGACGGCAUGAUUUGAUAGCUACGCUGGGCGAGACAACAGCAACACCGUACUUCAUCUACCGACUACGAGACGCCAUGCUCUCCGACCCAACCGGCCGACGCAUCCUCCGCGACCGACCACGCAUAACCUCACAGACACUCUCACUCCCCUACCUACGCUCCCUACCACCGAAUAGCCUGGGAUAUACUUAUGCAGCGUGGCUUGAUCGCGAGGGCGUGACUCCCGACACCCGCAGCAGCGUACGGUACAUCGACGACGAAGAAUGCGCAUACGUGAUGCAGCGGUACCGAGAGUGUCAUGACUUCUACCAUGCCGUGACCGGGCUGCCUAUCGUGGUGGAAGGCGAGCUUGCGCUAAAGGUGUUUGAGUUUAUGAAUACCGGACUGCCGAUGACGGGGCUGAGUGCAGCUGCAGUGGUGAGGUUGAAGGGAGCAGAGAGGGAGAGAUUCUGGGAUAUCCAUCUUCCGUGGGCAGUGAGGAGUGGAGCAGCGAGUAAAGAGCUGAUUUGUGUUUAUUGGGAGAAGAUGCUUGAGCGGGAUGUGGCGGAGAUACGGAGUGAGUUGGGGAUAGAGGUGCCGCCGGAUCUGAGGGAGAUACGACGACAGCAGAGGAAGAGGGAUAAGGAGAGGAAGGAGAAGGCAAAGCAGGCUGUACAAUAG